AUGCGUACUGCCAUCGCCAACGUCUUCUCCUUCUGCCUCGUCCUGUUGCUCGGCAGCUUGAGGGGAGGCCACGCCUUCGCGACGGCGCCGGCGCCGGCGCUGGACAAGAGACAGAGCACGUCGCGGUACUGCAGCCCGAGCACGCAGAUCUGCUACCUCGAGUACUCGUGGGGCCCCACGAUCCCCGUCUUCCGCAUCGCCGUCCCCGACAGCGCGUCGACCAACACCGACUUCCAGACGCUGCUGCAGAUUGUCGCGCCCGCCUCGCUCGGCUGGGCCGGCUUCUCCUGGGGCGGCGGCAUGACGCUCAACCCGCUGACGGUGGCGUGGCCCAACGGCAGCGGAGGGGCGACGGUUUCUUCGCGGUGGGCAACUGGACGGAGCCUCCCCACGGUGUACUCGUCGGCGACGUACCGCAUCAUCUCGGCCGAGACCAACUCGACGCACUGGACGGUCGAGACGGUUUGCUCGGGAUGCAGCCGGUGGAACGGCAGCGCGCUGAGCACCACGGCCGUCAACACCUUUGCGUGGGCCGUCAGCAAGAGUCCCGUGUCGCAGCCCGCCGACAGCUCGAGCAGCUUCCAGAUCCACGACAAUAUCGGCACCUUCGCCGCGUCGUUAAACGACGCCAAGGUGCCCAAAGCGACCUUUGAUCAGUAUGUGCAAGGGGCCCAGUGA